AUGGCAGAAGAAAAUAUCGGAUCUAAGCAAUGCGCAGCAUCAUAUGUGUUUGAAUGGACCGACUUGCAUUUACCACGGAAGAAGACAGACCCUCUGCGGUUUCAGUAUGACGUGACAGGCGCCAAGGCCCUUGAGCGGCUGCAGUCUCUUGCAAAAAUGAAGGGCAUGACCGAUAACCCACAAAAACGACCAGACUUUUACCAAAUUUUGGUCGAGAACCACCAACAUGAUUCUGUGCUAGCCGAAUUGUGGACAGAGCUUCAAACUGUCCCUGACUGGGUGGAUUGGGAUCAGUUGGAGCGUGGUCAGCGGUUUUUCUACCGGUAUGCCGCGGCCAAUAUCAUGGGAUUCGCUUUGCAGGGGUUUGUCGGCGAGAAUAGUGCAGCUUCUGGCGUUGUGGAAGUUCUCGUCCGCACGGGUGGCUUCUCGACCCGUGUUUUGCUACAUCGCCUUCUUGAGACCUUUCAAUGGCUCAUUCAAGUAACAGAGUCCUUGUCUGCCAUCAAACCUGGCGGCUCUGGACAUAUAUCAACGGCCAGAAUCCGACUUCUGCAUGCCUCCGUUCGCCAGCGAAUUAUGAAGCUCGUCGAGACCAGGCCUCAAUACUACAAUGUCGAAGAAUAUGGUGUACCGGUAAAUACUUUGGACAGCAUCCAUUCGAUCGCCACAUUCUGCUGUAACCACAUGUGGUUGCAGCUCCCACGAAUGGGUAUACAACCCACUGACCAGGAGAAACGUGACUAUAUUGCGCUCUUUCGGUAUCUAGGAUAUCUCUUGGCCACCCCCGAUGAGUUUUUCGCAACUGUUCCCAAAGCCAAGGCUACGAUGGAGUCGAUGUUAGUGCACGAAUUGAAAGUUACUAAGACGAGUCAAGUUGUGUGCUACAACUUUAUCAACUGUCUAGUAGACCUUCCACCCUCCAACGUUUCGCGAGAGUUUAUCGCAGCGGGAAGCAGAAUACUCAACGGAGAUCAAUUAUGUGAUGAGCUUGAGAUGAGCCGACCAGGUUGGGUAUCUUAUGCGUGCUUUAAGGGCCACUGCUGGUUGGUCUCAAGUCUCUCAGCGGCUCAGAGGCUAAUCCCAGCAUUUGAUGCGUGGAUCAUUGACGUAAGCCCGACCCUCCGGAGAUAG